AUGAGGUCAUUCAACCAGGUUUCAUCAGCCCCAAGCGGGGCAAGCAAAGGUGGUGGAGAAGAGCCCAGGAAGCUGCCAGAGCAGGCAGAGGAGGAAUCCCAGAUUUUGCACGGAACUGGCCACUGUAAGUGGUUCAAGGUGUGAAUGGGAUUUGGAUUCAUCUCCAUGAGAAACCGAGAGGGAAGCCCCGUGGAUAUUCUAGUUGAUGUAUUUGUACACCGAAGCAAAUUAUUCAUGGAAGGAUUUAGAAGCCUAAAAGAAGGAGAACCAGUGGAAUUCACAUUUAAAAAAUCUUCCAAAAGCCUUGAAUCAAUAUGAGUAACGGCUGGUGGGAGCCCCAGUUUAGGAAGUGAAAGAAGACCCAAAGGGAAGACACUACAAAAAAAACCAAAAGGAGACCGAUGCUACAGUCAUGCUAAGGAAUGUAGUCUUCCUCCUCGGCCAGAGAAGUGCCAUUGCUGUCAGAGCAUCACGCACAUGGUGGCGAACUGCCCUCAGAACUGGGUGCAGCCACCCGCCCGUUCUCAGGGAAGACCGGGAGCAGAGCCCCAGCCACGCACUUCGACGUUCCCUCGAGAGGUGGUGGGCGGGGGCUACGGCUGUCCGUCACCGUUUCCUCAGGAGGCGAGGUCCGAGGUCUCAGAGUGGCCAGGCACGUCACCUGCAGAAGCUUCCUCCACAAAGUCAUCUGCAGCACCAGAAGAUCAAAGCAAAACGGGGCCUUCCGUUCAAAAACGGAAAAAGACAUGA